AUGUCAGGAAAAAUAAAAGAACACGUUCUACCUCUGUUUCAGAUUUUUGAAACGCUUAUUUUAAAACCAAAUUUUAAUUUCUUGUGUCCAAAAAUAAGUUUUAAGGACAUCUGUUCUUCCAUACGAAAUAGGGUAGGCUACCCGUUUCUGACGGAGCUCAUGGACUGGUUCUGCUUGGGAUCCUCUGCAUGCGGCCUUUUGGGGAGAGAGGAGUUUGGGGGUUGCCUAGCAACCCACCACCUUGUGCAAACUCAUCUUUCCCUCCCAGAAAGAAAGGAAGGAAAGCCAGGCAAAGUCAGUGAAAGACAAUCUCUGUAG